CAAUCUAUUACGAAAUGUGGUCGUUUUGUCAUAAAAUAUAAAAGUAAAAAAAAUAGAAAAAAAAAAUUAUAAAAAGUAUAAAAUUUAAAUGAAAUUCGUCCGAUAAUCACGAUCAGGCGAAGUUCUGAUUCAAUUUACGGAGAAUAAUGGCAGCGGAAAAGAAAAGAUCGCUAACAACCGCGGGUGGCGACGCACCAGAUAAGAAAGAAAAGGGAAAGGGCCACGAGCCAGAGGUAGAAGAGGUGCCGAAGACUCCAUCCCAAAUAGCAAGAGAGGAGGUGGAGUACAGAGCAUACUUACGGAAGCAGAGGUUCAAGAGGAAAUGGCCGGAGAUCACGAAGGUCAAGAUCAGAACGAGACCCUGGCAUCCUCCGCCGCCGCCGCAAAGGAUGCCAAGAAUUGUGAUAGAUCUGCCAGAAAUUGAAACGCGUAAAUGGAUCCCGCCAUUCAGGCGCCGGCGCAGACAAAGACCCAGACUGCAGAGGAUACCGGCUGAGGAGAUGACUCAGCCACUGUACGAGUACGCGAAGCUCAAGAAGAUCUGGCAUAACUUUUCGCAAGUGGAGAAGAAUAAAAUGAUACUCCAAGGCAGUAUCGGUUGCAACUCAAAGAAGUACUCCUCGACUACAUGCGGUUCCCAAACGGCCUGCAUAGCGGUGGUCUGCCGAGCGCUGUUGGAAGAAAAGCCGGCAUCAGAGCUGGUGCGGCGUGAUGUGAACGAGGUCAUCGAGGGUGGUGACAGAUAUUACCGGCAGUGUAUGCUGGCCCUCAAAUGCUACAAAGGAAAACCACAACUGCAGCUUAAUCAGCUGCUGACUUCAUUCUUCUUCCACGACACGAAGUACACGGUCAAAAUGGUGGAAUUGGAGCGAGGUCUACUCGCUAAGCAUCCGGACAACAUUCAGGCUGAGCCAGACUUGCUGGCGUUGAUGGAGAAGCGAGUAGGCGGGACAUACAUGAUGAUACUGACAGUGGGGGACAGUCACUUCCUGAUCUGGGGACACCCACCCCCACCCGAGGCUGGCAGCCAGUGCAAGACUGUGUGCUACAUAUUCGACCCCCAUAUGCUCAAUGAGUUGGGGCAACCAGAUAAAAUAUUUGGAGCCGGCGCAUUUCUUCGUUACGCGGGAGUGACUUCGUUUGUGCUGGACUUCUUGGCAAACUAUGGUGAUCUUGACGCUGCUAAGAAGGGCACCCCCAAGCCCCCCAUUACACUCACUUCUAUUGAGGUUGUCCAACAAGAACCAUUGAUCAGAGAGCCCAACUAUGAGCUGGACUUGAAAGCACUGAAGAUUCACUGCAAGAGCGAAUGGGAUAGCAUUAACAUCAAUGCGCUAAUCGAGAAGAAGAUAAAAGAGGGUCAAUAUCCACAAUGUUCACUCAGCGCUGUAAGUCUGGCGACCUCAAGAGCCACGUCAAGGAAGAAGGUCAGAGAUUUCUACCAGAAGCAUCCGAAAGAACCUGCGCCACAACUGCCAAUUGCGCCGGAAAAGCCUCCACCGAACCCGACCCAAGAGCAGCUGAUGCAGCUACGUGGCGAGGACUUCUUCCUAUACUGCGCGAAGGCUGAUGGCCAUGCUUACGGCAGAGACGACAUGAUUCCCCGGCCGAAAUCUGAGACGGUAAUGCACAGCCCAGUGGAAAUAGCAGACCAGAACUACCACUCGCAGUACCAGCAAAUGGACGCAGAGAAGUGGAUACUGAGGGGAACCAGGCAUAUGGCUAGCUACAGGUACCAGACUUUCAAGACGUUCACGGCCAUCGCGUGCUGCGUGGCCGCGCUGGGGAUGCUACGAAGACUUCGAGCUCGAGCCUGGAAUGAGGACAUUGCUGAUGAGACGCUCGAUAUCGGUUACAAUUUCUUUAGGGAGUCACUCCUGGAGAGAGGCGGUCCAAUCAGGAGGCUGGUGCUCGGAGAACUAAAGGAAAGUUUUAGGAUACGCGAUACAGAAUUUACACACAAGGAGCGUGGUAUAGCAGUAUGGGGCAAGAUGAUCUCGUCAGAUCCCAAGGUCUUGGAUCUCUGUCGAGGCCUGGACACAUUUUUCAAGGAAAGCGAUACCGGCGUGCUGCAGAUUCCCGGAGAGCUUGAGGCGGCGGUUUGGAACGAGGGUGGUAAAUAUUACUUGUACCAUCCUUGGCCGGCAGACAGAUAUGGAUAUAAGGUUGGCCUACAAGACGGGGGCAAGGCUUGCAUCCUCUACUUCACGAAAGUGUCCCGACUCUGCGAGCACUUCCUGGACAGCGUUGGAGAUCUAAAACGAAAGCCGUUCAGCAUUGCCGAUGUCUACGUCAUCGAGAGACCCGACAUGCCCGAACCAGUCAACAAACUAAAACCUAUCGCACCUAAUAAGUGGCUGAUCCGUGGUAGCUUCCACGAGGGAGAUGAACGGUUCCCGGAGGAGCAUCGGGGCAAGCAAGCCACGCCGGCGUCGAUAGCUGCCAUCGCGAUGGCUCACGUGGUGGACCCCAGCGGGUGGACAAACGAUGACGUAGAUGAGACUUUAGUGCGUGGGGAUAUCCUGUACCAAAACACCAUGGAGCACCUGGAGAAGAUGGGCAUCAGCCUCGAAGCGGUCAAGAAUAAUGAGGAGGAGAUUGAAGAGGAGGAGUCGGGGCCCAGUGGAACUCUUGCAGCCGCUGACGUGCUCACCAGGUUUCGGAUAUCGGAGUACGAUUGCAUUGAGACUGAGGUUAUGGACAGCGUGUUGAGUGGUCAACUGAACCCUGAGCCAGGCAGUGGAGUGCUGUCUCUCAAAGAUUCACUGAGGCAACUCUUCAAGGAGUACAAACAUGCGGUGGUUACUGCUCGCGGUGCUUCCACCGCCAUCUGGAAACACGACGAGAGCUUCUACUUCUUCGAUCCUCACGGAUGCGACGAAAGUGGUUUUCCAUCUGACGAGCCCCGGGCAACCGCUUGCCUGGUCCGCCUCAAGGGCAGCACUGCUGACCUGGCCAAUCUAAUAAUGGGCAACCUACCGCCCGGCAAAGACGACAGUUUCAACAUAUCCCCGGUUCUGGUCACCACUAGCAGGCUGCACCCUGAACUUGGAGCCCCCGAGAUGAAACCUGAUAACAAGCAAUUCGAGUGGAUAUCGAAGGGCACGGCGGCCAUUUUGAUGGGACCGCGCGGCGAGAACACUGCCAUCGGGAAACUUGCCGACAAAGCUGGCAUUGGGGAUGAAGACAUGGCCGGUCGCACCAUCGCUCUGCCUGCUGCAGCAGCCUUUGCAGCGGCGUCGGAUUCUGUGCCUCCACCAUUUAUGCAUCAGGAUCAUAUGUACAACUUUCUCGAUGCUGGCGUGGAUUACUACCUGAACAUAAAAAAGAAGACGGGCAAGAAAGAGAUCUUGCCCGAGGACCUCACGGAGAAGUUCGAGAUGGGAGCGAACACGUUCUCUAUCGAGCUGGAGGAUCCCAUCAAGUUACCGCUGAGACUUCCGGAUGAACCAGCUGGGGAAGGUGAGGAAGAGGGUGAAGAAAAGGAGAUCGGCGAAGGUUUGGAAGAAGAGGAAAAGGAAGAGCCCAUGAAACAAAUAAAGGACGCGCUAUUUAAGGCGUGGAAUGACGACACAAAGCCUACAUCAGUGUACUUGCUGUAUGGUGAUUACCACCAGAUGGGCGUCUGGAUGAGAGCCGGCGGUAAGGUGGUGGCUUUCGAUCCGGCACCCACGCUCAACAAGGGAAUGCUCACUUCACAGAGGAUCAAGAAAGGUGAUGAAAUAAGACUGCAACGUAUCAAGGACGAAAUGUCCGGCGAAGGAGGCGGUGGUGAUGAAGAAGAAGAGGACGAAGGAGAAGGAGAGGGAGAAGAAAAACCUGAACCAGAACCUGAGUAUGUGCCCCCUGAGUCCUGCCCAGUUCUGAUGGUGUUCGCCAGUCCUGGGGAGUUCAUUGACAAGCUCACGCUUCAAGGCGGUCUGGACAGGAAGCAAUGCCUCGCGCCGUACAAGCUGUAUCCAGUGAAGAUCAUCAACGAGCUCACUUCGGUUUUGAAGGAGAGGAAGUCACCCGGCGCCAAGAAGGGUGACGAGGACCUGGGCGAUGAAGAGGAGGGAGAUGUGUUGAUUGAUCCCCUGGAUGACGCCGCCAUUGGCAAGUACUUCACGAAGCUGGGCAGGGCUGUGGCCUCUGUGAGGGGCAGAGUGGCUCAGAAUGAGAACUAUUUCAUGGACCAGCCGAACAGAGAUAACCAGGAUGUCGCCAACGCUGCAAUGGGCAUUGUCGUGGACCACAUUGAACCACAUAUCCACUGGAAGACGUCCCUACUGGACAGCAUGCUGAAGUACGGCGACCGCCUCUACACGAUGUCUUUGCCGCGAGCGUCCGAGCCGCCCAAGCUGAAGGCUAAUGAGCUGGUGGAAAACUUCCAUCUCACAAGCUUUAAUGUGAAACUGGAGGUGGAGACUGAUGCAGUGGUUGGAGACAUCAAGGCCGGACCAACCGGCUUUGUGCUAAACUUGAGGAGAGGGAUUGCGAAGUUUUUCGAAACGCACAAGCACGGCAUUGUCUGCGCGAAGGACUACUGCGUGGCGAUAUGGCGAGGCGCUGAUGACAAGGCGUACUGUCUGUGGGAACCGCACGCGGUGGGGCCUCAGGGAGGCGUGUCUCCCGGAGGGGCGUGUGCCCUCGUCGUGUACUCCACACUGGAGCAGCUUGCUGAUACCAUCGCGAACAACAUCAGCAAGCUGGCACGCCCUGGACCUAACAAGUAUUCGAUAUCAGCGGUGAAGGUGUUUUGGGAACUGUCGAAGACUCCAGGCGCUGUGACAGCGCAGGGAGCUGUGCCUGACGAGGGUUAUGAAUGGAAGGUGUUAACUGCUUAUGUCGAGACGGCGAGAGGUCGAACUAUACUGCGAGGGUCUAGGCCUCCAGAUUUGGUGAAGUUCACCCGCGAUGCGCUACUGCAGUCGUCCUGUGGCGCAAUAGUGGGCGCCUGCAUGUCCCACAUCCGACGACCCCACCUGUGGACCCGGCGGACUGUGGACGAGAUCAUGGUCGUGGCGUGUCAGCUGUUCAGCGCAUCACUCGGCUCGCUUGGGUACGAGUUCAGGCCGGGAGACGAUGUGUUGUUACCACUACAGGUGCUAAAGCGCUUCGUGCUCGGCGUGAACUACGUGAGGUAUGACCUGCAGCAGGUGUACUCUGGGAAGUUGGAGCAGAAGGAACCCACGGGGAUGACUGUGAGAUGUGCACUGGAACACUUCUUUGAGUCCCACACUCACGGCAUCCUGUGGUCGGUGCCCCACGCGGUGGCCGUGUGGAGAGUAGCCGGGGCCCCGUCCUUCUACAUGAUGGAGCCCCAUGCCUGUGGCCCCACCGGGCUGCGUAUUGAUGCCCAGGAUGAUGGAGCAGCCUGCGUUCUCACCUUCACGUCGGCGAAGCUCAUGGCGUUUGCCUACCUUCAAAACAUCCCGGUAAUGGAGCGUCUUAAGCACGACUUCCAGCUGUACGCCAUGGCUGUUGUGGUGCAGCCGAUUAAGAAACUUGGUGGUGUGGAUCCCCCCAUCGUGAAGGCCCCGCCGGGAGUCAAACUUGUGCCGGCCACUAGCAAGGUUGCUGUGGACGGUUCCAAGCGCCGUGCCUCGGAGGGUGACAGGAAACAUCCGCCCGGCAGCGCUACCUGUGUGGACGCCCAACGAGCCUCUGAGAAGAGGGACAAGGAGGACGAGAAACUCAAGGGUCUUCGAAAUACAAGCGGCUGGCUGGUUCUCCACGAUGGUACCCAGUUCCUCUCCGCCCAGCACUCCAUGAGCUGCAGGAAGUUCCCCUACGCGUCACGGGGCCGUCAGGCUCUAGCUUGCUGCGUGAUGGCCGUCGCAAUGUCCCGAGUAGAGGACGUUUGUCGCUGGUGCUCCUCGACCCUCGACCAGAUACUGGAUAGCGGAGACCAACUAUACCAAGACAGCUAUCUGCACUUCAAGCCAAUGGACAGCAUUCUUACUAUGGAACAGAUUCUACGCAAAUUCUACACUCCGGGUAACUGUGUCUGCCGCGUCGUGGUUUACAAGCCUCGGCAGAAAGGAGUCGUGGAUACCCAACUGUCUGGACAGGUGACGGAGUUCUUCCGCGAGGAAAGAUCUGGCGUGUUCGUGGCUGGUCGGGGAGACUUUGCGGUUGCGUUGUUUAGGACUCCAAGAGGUUUCUACAUGUUCGACCCGGCAGACCGUGACCGCUACGGGCGCGCUGUGGCUCCGCCCUGUACCGGUCGCGCCCGAGCGUGCUUCUCUCAGUAUCCCAAUGUACAAACUCUAUGCGACAAACUGGGACCUAAUAUACCACCCGUGACAACAGUGAAGAGGGAAGGAGAUGAUAAAGAGGUGGAAGUUAUUGUGGAUAAGACGAAGGACGAAAGUAAAGAAGAAAAAGAGGUACGCUUUGAAGAGCCAGCUUCUUUUGCAAUAUACGGCAUGGACGUCACAACACUCCGCAGAUUGAAUCAGCAUGAAAAAUAAAGUGAAAAGAAAAAAGUCUCGAUUUAAUGCCAUCUAUAAUGUACAAUACAAUACUUGUCAGCGCCAUCUGUUUUUGUGCUCGAAGAUUUAAAAAAAAAUAUACGCUAAAUUUUGUGUAAGUAGGUAAAGUUCAGAUUUAUUUUAUGUGCUAGUCCUUUCAUUUAGAAUCUUAUUUUUUUCGGUUUUUACCACAGCACACUGUUUAGUCUAGUUUGUCUUAGUAUUUUUAAUAUGUAUGUUAUAUAGUAGGUAAGUAUUGUUCAGGAUUUAAUAUUUUUAAAUUGAUGUUUAAGAGCCGCUUAAUCGCAUUGUUCCAACUUUAUAUUUUUUUGAUUGAGUUUGUAAUCGAGGUAAAAAUGUUGUUUAGUUACUGUACGAUAGAUGGCGCUUGAUGUUAUCCUUUAAUUUUAGGUCUGUAAAUUUGUAAUUACAUUGUGUGCGCCACAUUUUGUAAUAAAGCAAAUAAAAUAAUUGUGAUUCUAUUA